UGUCAUGAAUCACGUCUGUCCUGCUCUCACACCAUGUCACAGUUYUUCACAGCCAAGUCCUCACUCAUUGUUUCACCCCUCCCAUCACAGAAAUCCCAAUCUAGCUCAUGUCAUGCACCUGUUCCCCUCAGUAUAUAUUCCCUCAGUCACCACCAGUCCAGUGCCAGAUUUAUGAACGGUUUACCAAGUAAUUUUUCCAGCGAUCCCAUGUCUUGUCUUGCCUGCCACGUUACGACCUUGUUCAUGUCCUCUGGUUCCACGUCUCCUGCCUUGCCCUUGUCUGCUACCGUCCCGGAUUCUGCCUUUCUGGUUUUGACCCUCGCUCUCGUUUUUGGAUUCCUGCCUUUCGCCUCAGCCCCUAUUGGAUUUGCCCAGUCAUCGGACCCACGGAUCUCGACCCCUGCCUGUGUACCACGACCACGAGUUAAGUCUGACCCCCUUAACCUGUCGCUGAUAUCUGACCACAUGGUUUUGACCCACGCCUGCCUCACGGAUUCUCCUCAAGCCUGYGUAYCACGCCGCAGCACUAAACACGGAAGUGCCAGGAACCAACGUCACCUGAGACUCUCAAAGUCUUUCAAGGUUUCAGCUCCCAAAACUCUGCCACUAAAAAGACCUCCGUUUCCCAGUGACGUGUCGGUCCCGACGCUGCUGCUCCAGUUUUAAUAAAAUCCUUAAAACGUCUCUGGUGUCUGAGCAAUCAGUGAAACUCGCAAA